CUGAUGUGUACACACAAAAAGGUGGCUUCACCAGAACACAUUCGGCCUCAAGAUCGCCCGGAUACAAUGCCAUCCAUCCACCCUCCCACUGUCCAGGGACCUGGCCACCAGAGUCAAUCUGGUCUGAAGAGUGCUGAUGCAAAGGCGAUCGUGCCAAAUCCGGCUGAUUGUGAAACACAGAGCACAUGGGUUCACGAUGCCACCCCGGUGCCACCGUCCAGCCGUCCACCUUCCAUUCUGAGAGACUUGGCGCCGCCGCAUCGCUGCCGUCUGCCCACAGCGCGCCUGCCCCUUUUAUUCACGAGCACAGAGAGAUGCAUCCCAUCUUUUUGGCGCCCAGAUCCACCCACUAGAGCCUGCCCCCUGCUGCACGGGUUUGAGCCUCACCCUGGCCUCAAGUCCUCGCUACCGCAAUUGGACGGCCAGUCUAUUCCAGGUGCCGGCCUGACGAGCGAGACGGGGCCUCCCUAACACAUCCACACCAUCGUCGGAGCCACUCCUCGAUAGCACCCUCUCAUGCCUCUCAAUGUUGAGGUCCGGCUGUCACUGUUCCCUGCUGCCGCCGUCUGCAGCACCUACUCCGCACCUAGUUUCGCAUGCUUCAGACCCAGCCGUCCCCACUUUGUCGUGACUGCUACUCGACACGCCCGUCUGGUCUUGUGUGAUCCCAGUCUCUCAGUCUCUCAGUCUCGCAGUCUCUUCUCCCUCCCUUCACUUCUCUACUGCGUCAAUCACAACGGGAAGCCAUGAGGAUGACAGGCCCGAGCAUGUGAGAGUGUCGUCGGUAUGUUGACUGCGCGGAGGACCACCACGAAAUGAUGAAGUGUUGAUGCUUUUCUUGAUACCCUUUCCCUUCGCUUCCAAACCCCCAUUGAUUGGGCUGGCCUUUCUUCAUACUCCCUUUCGCCAGCUGGCGUCGCCACCAUGGCGAUAUCUGGAACCACCUCGGCCCUUGUUGCUGCCUUCGCGUUCGGUAUCGUUGUGAACGCGGCAUCGGCGGCCUUAUUUCUCAAUGUCAGGGGCCAUGGCUCGUCGAUCUUUCGAGACGGCAAGAGGCUGGUCCUCGCUAUUUUCCUAUUCAGCGCCGCCACAUGGGCCCAAGUUGGCUUCAUUACUACAUUAAUAGACCCGGCCGCCGAGAACUCGUGCCAGAUCGCCAUAGUCUUCACCACCAUGUUCGACCAGCUUGCACGAUACGCCAUUGAGCAGCAUUCUCUCUGGGUCAUCAACGACGGAACCCCGGCGUCGACCGGCCAGAUUAUUCCCCAGGUCUUUCUGGCUAUUCGCUUUGUUCUCGGGGCCGUUUUUGUCGGCCUAUCAAGACCGCAAUUCAACGCCGUUUGCGUGCCGGUCUCGUCUGUUCUGGCCCUAGCUAUCACUUUGGUCGUGGUGGAUGCGGUGGUUGUCACAGUCUUGGCCGGGCGGGCCAUUUCUGUCGGGCUGAUCAAGAAGAUGCAAGAUGGUGGCCAAGACUCGGCCCGGAGCAAGGCUGUUGUAGCAACGCUCAUUGGUCUGAUCAUAUGGAUGGCGACAAGCGUGGCGAUGCUACUAGGCAUCUUCACCACAGACUACAUAUUUAGAAGCACUAUCCCAGCAGGUGGUCUCACCAUCUUGCUCAUUAUUACGACUGCGAGCACAAGCGCCUUCGCAGACCAAAAGCCGAGGGCUAGAGACCGGAACGUGCCAGAGGCACCCUCACCGAGGCAGAUCGUGACCGCAAGGUCCAUCUCUACAUCAGACUCCAACGAAUACCCGCCGAGCCGAUACGAAGACGUUAAAAACGAACAGAUCACUUCUAGCACCGCAUUCAUCCAGCCAAGAGAAGUGCCUUUCCCAAACCAGGGCUUGCCUAGCAUCACAAAUCCCGGCAUCUCAGGCCAGGGCGUGGGUGGGGUUCCAGUCCAAGGCCAGCUAUUCCCCCCGAUGCGGGCGGGCACGGCACCCAUAAACCCUCGUGAGGCACGGCAGCCAGAGCAGUUGCAAAACAAGCCUAGGACGCUGUUCUCGAGCGCUGGGGCAGGAGGACCAGCAAAGACGGUCACGGUUGGGAAACUAGCCAUAUCAGCUCCAGUUCUCCAGCAAGGCGGUUCAAACCCAUUGGACAAGGUAGCCACAACGGAUCUUGACACGGCAGCAAGGAAAGAGAGAGAGAGGAGGGCGCUUCUCGUGAGCCAAAGUCAAGAGCCGGCUCUUCGGAACCAGGUCGCUGCUGCAGCCAUCGAGCCGGCGCAGGGGGUUAUGCGGGCAACUAGUACCCUACGCAAGGAAAUUGUGAGGCAGCCGUCUUUACCUGCUCUGCCCGAUGGCGCCACAUCGGCGACAGGCUUUACGACCAGCUCCCAACUUUCACCCGGUGGUGAGGAACUUCGGAGGAGGUCGCCAAGACAUGCGCCGUCGGCCUCGCAGACGUCAGCACAGUCAGUCGCCGUCUCCUCAGCAUCCAGCCGACCACCUUCUCCCCCAAAGAAGUCCGCAGCCCGGGCUGCGCCCAAGGGCCAAGAUGUUGUCAUCCGCACAGAUAUUCCACCAUCCCGACAGCUGCCUCCGUCCCCCGAACCUGCGGGCCCCGAGCCAACGAAGACGCCACUUCAGAAACGACCGACAAUCGGACUUCCUGGAAACCCGAGAGCAAUGUCUGUGAGAAGACCACCAGGGGAAUCUGGGCCACAACGACAGCAGACAGUCAUGUUCGUGAACAACAUUAUUUACGACGACCCGAACUACGUCGAAAGCGUCAUGGGGGGUGCCAAGGAGCGAGGUCCCAAGGCGGCUGUUCCGCCGCCCAUCAACACGGCACCUGCGGACCCAACAGCAACGCCUGCGAUACCGGAAACACCUGGAACUUCAAAUUCUAUUGUUCACCGCCCGAGGCCAGUACCAAGAAGAAGCAAUACAUCAGGCAUGGAUACGUACUUCCCGCCAAUCGCGCCAGCAAAGGGUCACAGAAAAUCAAAGUCUGCAGGGUCUAUCCGAACAGUCAAGUCUAUGUUGCAGGCUGUGCCAGGCAGCCCCACAAACCUUCCUCCUCUACCUCUGCCUCCUUCGCAGCAGGUUCCUAGCUACGCCGCUCGGCCGAAGCCUAACGACACGAAGAGUAUGACGUAUGAUGAGAAAAUGACACUGCUCUUCCCACAGCCACCGAAUGCCGAGGGGAGUGCGCGCAGAAGAUCGUCUGUGCCAUCACUGCCCGGCAUGCCCGUGUCGUUCAUCAGCAGCUCACCGACACUGACGGACAAUCUGGGCUACAACAACCAGUACCGGGACUCCAAGAGGACAACCACAUCCGUGCAGACAAGGAGCCUCUUUGACGAGCCCGAGGAGACUUCUCAACGAGAAGUGUCCACAGAGGCCCCCCGUGACCCACCUGGUGCCAUUAUGUACCAGGAUCUUCUUUCAGAGGCUGGCCAAGAGGUCAUGGCCGAGGAGGAGAACCUCACAGAUGAGAAGAAGCAGUCUCUAGCAACGGCAAGAAAUGGCAAGCGAGCAUCCUCGCCAGUAUUGCCUGCCCGAUUCAGUAUCAUGUCAGCGUCGACAACGGAUAAUACCACGGCGGACGACGCAACUACGGAAUGGGGCACGGUCCAUUCCCCAGCUCCAGUUCAGCAGAUUGGCUUGACAGUUCACCAGGCCCGAGCCAUCGAGGUUGGGAAGCCAGAGAAAGCCUCUGGCCAAGAUCAGAGGGCCGUUUCGGCGAUUACAAAUAGCGAGGAAAUGAUUUUCAUGCUCGACGCCUCUGUGGCGCGGGACUUGCAACCUAAGGGCAAGGCGCCUGCAACGCUUGAAGAGGAAAGCCCAGUAGUAUCUAGGGCCUCAUCUGGCCAGUUCUACCGGCGGGUUGGAGACGAGACUCUGAGUUUUUCUUCGCGUCCCGACAAGGCGCGUUCGAGGAGAGGCCCACCACCAGUUCCUCUGGUGCUGAGCGACCGACCCACAACAGCCAAGCAAGCUGUUCUCGUCAAAGCUGCCGAACCAUCGCCUCUUCCAUCCCCAGAGGAGGCCCUCAUGAUGAUUCAAGCACAGCUGAAGAAAUAUGAGCAGCCUGCCCCGGGUGCUGCUGAUAGCCCCGGGCUGGGUCGACUAGCACUCUUGAACGACCUGGAGGCGGAAAUGGGACAACAAGAGACGAGGUGGCAUGGAAUGCAGCACGACCUUUCGCGAGACUCGUUCUCCACCGUCUCCCCCACUGCGCAGUCCCGCCGCAAUUCUGAAGCCGCCCCCACGUCACCGGCUGAGGCUCUGUCCAGGAACUCUUCGACGAAAUCCAAGGAGAGCGUCGCUGCAGAUCGGAGAGCAUCACGCCGGGCACGCAUGGGUAGCAUCUCGUCUACGCGGUCCUCGUCACGCGAGAGCGAUGAUGGUAGGAACCGUGCAAGUCUCUGGCAAAGGAGGCUCGCAGAGGCACAGAUGGAGUACAUGGAAAACGCCAAUGAGCUCAUUCGCAAGCGCAGCUUAAACUUCCUCUCCGUGGCCAAGGCUGGCAUGGGCAGCCCAACGCCCCCCGACUCUGAUGAGUCGGAGGCAGAAAUCGAAUCAAGGCGCAAUUUGGCAGCACUCCUCGAGGCUCGCGCCAGGCAUCACGCUGAAGAGACAGAGCGGCCCGCAGGGUCCUCACAACUGCUCUGGACCCCUCGUCGAGAGCCUCAGCCUGAGAACGGAUUGAUGUGGGUGCGGCCACAGCGACCGUAUGAGCAACAUUUACCGCGGCAGGAGCCUCCCCUGCCAGGGCUGUCUGUACGACCAGCUCAACGUAAGGAGAGUUCCAUGCUGCCCAUUGAGUCGGCACAGCUUUGGCAGAAGUCGACUUCGCUAGGCGAGACAAGCCGAGCCGGCUUAUGGGUGUCUCCGGCUGGAGUACAAACUCUAAAGGAACUUUCUCAAUCGCCCACCGCCGGUAGGCGUCAAGCCCCCAGCUACUACAAUCCCGGAAUUCAGCGCUCACGGUCCGCUUCCGGAUCUCGCCCGCUGACGCAGCGGCCACCGCGACGAAGCAAGAGGAUCACAGCGUUGCCAGACAUUGUUGAAGAUCCGCAACCACUCCCAGACAAGCGAGGAACUCUUGGGAUUUUCCAGUUUCCAUGGGGUGAGAAGUCUGACAUCGCUUCCGUGCAAACCCGUCCAUCCGUUUAUAUGGCGAUGCCGGGCACCAUGUCUGCCGGUGGCAGGAGUCUCAACAUGGCUCUGGAUGCCAGGGCUAGACAGAUCGAGUCGGAUGAGUACUCGUCAUCGUUCUUCGAUGACUACGACGAAGAUGCCGAAGAUGGAAGCGACUCAUCAAGUGACAUGGGGUCGGACAGUGACGAUGGGUUUGACGAAUCCACUUUGUGGGAGAUUGCAAGCUUGCUUAAGACUGACCAAAUCCCAUCCACCAACAGCAUGUUCCCACCGCCGGACGAUACUACCAGCCAUGUGAUUGAUGACUAUGCGGAUGAGGAGGAGGCUGCUCGAGUGGUUCGCCAGACGAUUCUUGUCGGUAUUGAAGAACCAGAUGGGCUCCAAGAGAUGCCGUCCCCGCUCACUCGUCUGGGAUCACCCAAGAGAACGCAAUCUGCCCUUUGGCAGGCCACACGGGGUACGGAACGGGCGCUAUCCGCCAAAGGUCUCCCGCAGCCCGAAGACUGGCAGAACUACGACGCACCCACAGAGACCUCCCGUGCUAAGCCUCGGAUGCCUGUGCAACCAGCGCCGAUCGAGAGCGACAACCUGUGGCUUCCAUCGCAGGUCGAAGCUAUUGAUUCAAAGUCUCCAAUGUGGUCCCUACCCAGCAGUGUGGAGUCAUCUCAACCAGUUUCGCCCAAGGAUUUCUCAGAAGUGCUAUCAUCGCAGGAGCUGUCGACUGAGCUGUCAAGGUCUCUUGCGAUAACAGAACCGCUCUGGAAGGCGGAACAGCAACCCCAGAAAGGCGACCACGGUGUUGGCCUGCCACACCCGGAUAACUGGGAGGCACUUGACAACACCAGGUCUACCGUCCGCACAAAGCCUCGUCAUUCUGAGCCUGGCGUCAUUGAGAGCGACAACCUAUGGCAGACUGCGUCCGGGAGCCGCCUUUCAAAAAAUUGGCUAGAAGCACCGGCACCAAUUGCGCCAACCAGACCUUUGUGGGAAGCGGUUGAGAAGCCGACGCGUGGCGAGCAUAACAUCGGGUUACCUCAUCCUGAUAACUGGGAUGAGUAUGAUGGUGCUAAGCAAACUCUGCGUUCCAAGCCACGACAGUCCGGCCCCGCGGUUGUCGAGAGUGUCAACCUGUGGCAGGCUCCUUCAUCUGAACAGCCUGGGCCGAGGAAUUGGCUGAAGCUUCCGAGAGCCAUUACGACCAGCCACAGCCUAUGGCGAGUAAAUGUUCGCCCAAGAAGAGGGGAGCACUCUGUGGGCCUCCCUCAGCCUCAAAGCUGGGACAGCUACAAUACCAUUGCGUCAACCAUCCGGGCAAAGCCUCGACAGUCAAGCCCCGCGACCAUCGAGAGCGUUGAUCUAUGGAAAGUCUCUUCAACCAGCGAGUCUGCAUCGAGGAAUUGGUUAAAGCCUGCAAGUCGGCCACUCUGGCAGGCCGCUGCGCUAGCUAAAAAGGGUGACCAUACCGUUGGUCUGCCCCAGCCUCGGAGUUGGACUAGUUACGAUAGCAUCAAGACGACUGCUCGGGCAAAGCCUCGCCAGUCUGAGCCAGCUGCUAUUGAGAGCGCCGACCUUUGGCAAGCGCCAUCAGCCCAGGAAGCUACUCCGACUUCCAAGCUGUGGGCACCCAGGAUGCUGUCGGCUCCUGUGACGCGUACUGCAUCUCCUGUCUCGGACACAUUCAACCAGUUCGACGCAACGAAGCUUCUCUGGUCAGCACCAGUAUCGCCGAAAUUGCUUGCCGACUCCGGCCUUUUCAAUCCCAGCAUCAGUCGCCUGGACUUCCGGCGCUCUUCUCAAAUCCCUGCCGCUGCUGACAUGAGCCGCAAGCCCCGCCCCGCAGACCGGCGGCCGGUGGACAAAUUGAACUCAACAACGCUUUGGGUCGCUGACGCUGCGCCCCAGAACGAACGCAACUGGAUCUCGCCGAUGCCCAGCCCUAAGGGCAAAACCCAAAGGGCUCCCGCCCCCGUGUCUGGGUCCCACACCCCAGCUAAGAGUCAGCCUCGGCCAGUUGCUGCUUCGUCGAUGGAUUGGGACGCUGCUCUUCGACAAGCCCUAGCAGCCAGCUACCCGAUGCCUUCGCGGAGGGCGGUGACUACUCAACAGUGGGACUCAGAACUUGACAAGGCUGUAGCUGCCAGUUACCCUGCUUCUGUCACCUCGAGCCGCAGGACAGUUUUCCGGGCGAGUGCAGCGGACUGGGACAAUGCUUUGGCUGAAGCUGUAUCUCAGAGCUAUGGCAACCCCUUUGAUGUGACGAAGCGCCACCCAGUGUUCGCUGCGGCAUCACUGACCUCCAGUGCAAUGAUUGCACACCCUGCUGCUACUGGCUACACUCACAGUGUUGCUUCUGUGCAUCCUGUAUUCUUCGGCUCGGGCGUUUUCGCAUGUCCGGCGGACAACACUCACCCGGCUAUUAACCGGCCAUGGCCUUCGAAUGACAGUGAACCGUCUCGCGGAAUCGAAACCCAGAGCACUGACCUGGCCCCUACCUAUGCUGGUCGUGUGCUGGACGAGGACGAGCAUGAGAGGGAGAGUGAGAUGAUGAUGGACUCAGCACUGCUUGCACGGAUUGAGGCACUCGAGCAAGAGCGUCUAUUUGCCGAGCGGUGGGCAAGGGGCUCAUUUGCGCCCGUCGAUGUCACCCCAAAACCGCCACAGGCUACAUUGGACCCUCCCGCGGAGGAAACGCAGGGGGUUCCUGAGCAAACCUUCGACUUCGACUUCGAACCUGUCGAUGUCACCCCGGCCGUACCACUGGCCACUUUGACAUUGUCACCCAUCACCCAGACACAAGCUGAGGCACCCACUGGGUCCGUACUGGACACCCCAGUCAGCCAGCGUCUCCGACGCGCAGAAACCUUCCAGUCUGUGUCCGAGAUGAGCGAGGUUGAAUCGUCGGUAGUCAGACUGAGGGACAGCCUUGUGAGUGUGGGUACUCCCAAGGAAAUGAAGCCUGCGGGAUCUAGCAUCAAGUUCAUCUACUAGGAGUGUGUAGAGUGAGGCAGGACGGGAAUGUAAGAGGAGCGGAGUCGGGAAACAUUUAGCAUGCCACGUCUGUUUUGUAAUUUGUCCUGUGUGACUCGACUGAACGAUCCACAGAAAUGAUACCUCCCUCGGGCCUGUAAAUUAGCAUGAAGUCACCUUCUUUUGC